UUGCUUCUUCCAUUAUUUGAAAUAUCCUGAAGCUGUUGCAAUUCCAACCAGCUUCUGAUGCAUACUGGGAACUGAGACUAAUAGCUAUUAAGUAUAUCUAUUAAUUUUAUCUUUGCUUUGCUCACUCUGCUCUGUGCUUAAAAUUUAAAAGUAUUUCAUAUUGUCACAAUGUGUGAUGUGCAAAGUAAAAGUUCUGAUGGCAAAUGGAAAGAGAGCAUUUAUUCUCAGCUUAGCUCCAGAGACAGUAAAGCUUCGGGAGCUGUCUGUCAGUUGAUACAACAAUUGAAUGGUUUGAUGGAACGAUGCGAAGCCUUGCGCCUAGAAAAUGCUCACCUGAUGUUGCAGCGCAGAGUUGGCAGCUCUGAUGGUGCUGAUGGAGCCUUGGACAGCCAGGCUGCUGUUAUUCAGAAUCUGGAGCAGAAGGUCUAUAAACUGCAGGAGGAGUUGACGAGCAUGCAUCGUGCCAAGAGUGAGAACGCUGACCAGCUUGUCAUAGCCACUAAUCUCAUACAGGAACGAGAACGGGAGAUAUUAGAGAAGAACAACAGAAUUAGUGAUUUAGAGUCAGAAGUGAUGCUUUUGAGAGAAAGCUUUAUUCAGAAAAGUGAAGAAAUAGAACAUUUAACUUCACUCAACAACUUGGUGCGUGAUGAAUACAACACUCUCAACAUGACCUAUGAAGCUCUCAACUCUAAGUUCAUCAAGUUGAAAGAUGAGAAUAUUCAGCUGCUCCAGCGGUGGAUUGAAUACAAAUCCAAAGAUGCUGAGAGGCUCAACAGGGAGAACGAAGAACAACUCAAAGCCCGGCAAGAGAAGGUGGCCGAGUCUAUACGAGAAGCGACCGAAGAUUUCAACGUCGUCGUGCUGCCCAGUGAGCCUGAGAAGCAAGCACUGGCUAUGGGAACAGUCACAUGUCCCUACAGCAUCCUGCCCACCGCGUGCUUCUUUAAAAAGGAAGUACACGACUCAGACGUGCACGCGCUCUGCCUGAGCCACAACGGCCGCGUGCUGGCCACGGGGGGCGAAGACAGGAAGCUCAAGCUCUGGAACAUGAGGCGAGACGGAUUCAGCCCAGGCAACACCCUGACUGGCUGCAACGGGGGCAUCAAUUCCAUCACCUUCUCCUCGGACGACUCCCUCAUCAUGGCUGCGUCUAGUGACAGCGCCGCCAGGAUAUGGUCUGUGUCAGACCUAAGAAUACGGCAUACGUUCACUGGUCACUCAGCCAAAGUGAUGGCUUGUCAGUUCACUAGUGACGUCAACAAGGUCGUCACGGGCUCCAGCGACCGCACCAUCAAGAUAUGGGACCUCAGGAGCAAAGCCUGUUCGCGGACAGUAUUCGUGGGAUCGUCUUGCUACGACUUGUGCGUUUGUGAAGCAACUUCAAUGCAGAUCCUCUCAGGUCACCACGACAGGAAGGUCCGCCUCUACGACCUACGCACAAACUGCGACAAUGAGAUCGCCGUGGACGUUGUCGACCGCGUCACUUCUGUGUCUUCCUUCCAUAAUAACAACUACUGCCUGGUGAGCUGCAGAGAUGACGUGCUCAGAGUACUCGACGUCAGAAUGAGGAGCGUCAUAUAUGAGUUAACAGCGGAAGGCCUACACUUGGGCAGCGACACAGCGCGGGCGUGCGUGUCUCCAGACGACACAUACGUCGCCGUCGGGUCAGCGGACGGCGCCGUCUACGUCUGGAGCGUCGACACCAGCGCCCUCGCCACCACGCUCUCCAAGGAACAUGUCUCGUGCGUGAUGGCUUGCUCGUGGACGCCCGAUGGCCAAUUCUUCAUGAGUGCAGAGCGCAGUAAACAGCUCGCGCUCUGGUCAAACAUCUGAACGUAACGGCCUUCAAUUCUAUGGAGGACGUGUGGCCAACAUCUGAACGUAACGGCCUUCAAUUCUAUGGAGGACGUGUUGCCAACAUCUGAACGUAACGGCCUUCAAUUCUAUGGAGGACGUGUGGCCAACAUUUGAACGUAACGGCCUCUAAUGUUAUGGAAGACGUGUGGAGUUUUUGACCCCUCACGGUAAAGAUCGUACGCGUCUGUUAUUGGGUUAAUGGACGAAUGUAACAUUUUGACACAUCGUCGAAAUUGAGAGGAUUAACUCAACGUCCAGCUCAAUUUGACUAAUUAUUCAUAGUAUUAGCAUUGAUUGAACGUACUUGCAAAGUUGUUAAAACAUGUCCAAGGCAUCAUUAAGCAUGUGAUAUGUAAAAUUUUUUAGCGCGCCAGCAAAAGUUUUUUUUUAAUCCACAGAUUUUCUUAAGGUUGCAAGCUGCUCGACGAUCUCUCAGAAACGAAGUAAAGACUAAGUUAACAUUUUUCGCUACUUUGAAAGGAAUAUAAGUUAAAGGAAUAUUUUUGUAAUGAUAUUUGGUAAUAAUUACGAUGGUCAAUGUGAGGUGAUCAUUAAUAUGCAAUUGAUUGCUGCAUCUGCAUGGAUUUUUUUGGUUCUUUGAUGCACAAAGGGUGGUAAACCUAUGGUAUAGGUACACGUUUUAUUUGUAUUAAUAGUUUACAUAGCCGGCGUCAUGUCAGUUUCUGACGAAUCUAAUUGAUAAUCGUCGAUCAACAUAUUUUCUCGUUUUUAUUUUGUAAAUUUUUACUAAUGUAUUGGGCAUUAAGAAGAUGAUGCCUAGUAUUGAGUAGAUUAAUCUGUGAUGGUCAUUCCUUGCUGUGAUCCCAGUCAACGUAGUAGUGUGUUGCAGCUUACAACAAAUAAUUGUCUUUAUAUUUUUGCUAGUGACUGUUUAUUGUCACUUGCCGCUGUAUGAUAGCCCAAGUCUAUUGCAAGACAUUAUUUGCUAGCUCAUUAAAACGUAUGAAUUUCAUAGUUGGAUUCAGCUAUCGCUGUUUAAAAAAAAAACAUUUUGAUGACGAGCAUACGUCGGAAUUUGCUUUUCGAGUCUAGCCAUUACUAGUGUCUUGUAUUGCGAAUAACUAAUAGGUACGUAAUCUGCAUCAACUGGUAAUAUAUUUGUAGCAGUGGACGUUGCUGCCUGGUCAACGUUGUGUUAAGUUUCCGAAGUUUUUGGUACUUGCAUUUCCUUUUGUCAGCUUUGCUCUCGAGUGCAUAUUUUAUGAUCUUGUCCAUUUGAAAUGUUUUUUUCUUGAAAUUUUGUCUUCCGCAUUCUUGUUGACGAGAAAAUGAAAUUCUGAUCGUUAUAGCACUUAUGUUAAAUUGUUCGUGUAGUUUUUAAAUGAUGUUGAGACCAGCAUAAUUUUUCAUAGCAACUCAAAUAUUUUUACAUUUGAAGUUGCGUCGUUUCAACUUGAGCGAGUCUGAGGGAAGUCAGCAUGUAUUUUACAAGAGGAAUUUUUCCACCCAAGAGAUCUUAUGUUCUUAAAGAAUGAUUGAACAGUCCAAUUGCUAAGUUUACUUAUAUAGAUUUUAUUCAUAUUCUGCCACACUAAAUUCCGCAGGAACGUUCCUUAAUUUUCUACGUGUACCCCGGUCUUGUUUGGUUAAUUAUUUUAUUAAAGUAAUUUUUCCGAUUGAAUCUUCUCAUCUAUUUUAAUUCGUAUUCUGAAACUUGUUUACCGAAGUACGGUAUGAUGUCCUCAAACGUUUACCAAAGUACUUUCUGAUGUCCUCGAACGAGUUCCUUCUUAGAAUCUACCCGCUGAUCCAUCUGAAGCUUCAGUUUUUACUGAAGUAUUAGGCUGCUGUAGCUUGGUUAUAUUUUUGUUUAAGAUUUGUUGCACUCGUCAAUUUGUUAAUGUUUUUUAUGUUGUUGUUGUUGACCCUCACUGCCUUGCUUCACGGCGCGAGGCGGGGCCUAGACCCAGUUCUGGGACCAGCCAAGUCGGUCGCCCCAGCGGGCCAGCAGUCCCGCGGCGUUCACGGGGUCUGAUAAUUAAUUAAUUAAUAAUUCGAGGCGGGGCCUAGACCCAGUUCUGGGGCCAGCCAAGUCGGUCGCCCUAGCGGGCCAGCAGGCGAGCAGCGUUCACGGGGUCUGCCCAAAGGUCACACACCGACAAGGAUGUGGGUAUUUCAGGGCGGGAUCAAACUUUGCCAUCGCUCGAUUCUUCCAUUUAUUGUCAUGAUUGUAGAAUAAUUCUUCUCAUGCCUUUACUGUUUACAAUUUGUUGACUUGUUUUCCCAUAUGUUGUUGAAGCUCCUGGAAAUCAGCUUUUGUGUUGUGCACAAGGGUUGGACUGUAUAAUUGUAUCGCGCUAGUGCAGAUUUAUUAUUUAAAUGGAGCGGAAGGAGAUAUGGGUUAACUGUACAUUGAAAUACUGUGCUGCUAUUAAAUAAAUUUACUCUUACUAAGGAGUUAAAAUUUGAUUGGAGCUUUAACUGUGCCUUUAUUUUAUUUAUUUUUUAUGUAACGACCAAGUACAGUUUUAUUACAACACGGUGAAUUCG